UGCCUACGCGGUCUUCUGUCAGGCCUGCAUUCAACAGUCACCUAUCCGAGCCAGUUACGUAGGCUACUGAAGGAAAAUGAACAUACUGAACAGCCACCGCUUUUUGUACUUUCUGCCUACCACACGCCUUGUCAUCUUAUUAGCAGCUUUGACAACUGCUGAAGAUGUGACUAAUAGCACUUUCAACCGCACUGACAUGAACGUGGGAUCUGUGCCUGUGGUCAUCUCCCGCAUCGACCAUAUUAUAGUCAAGGAGGGGAAUAGUGCCUUGAUUGACUGCAAUGUCCAAGGUAAUCCUAGUCCACAUUACAGAUGGUACAAUUCCAAUGGCCGCUUGCUCCAGGAGGAAGAGAAUAAAGGAAAAUGGUGGUUUCUUGACAAUGGGCUACUAAACAUUACCAGCGUCUCUUUUGAAGACAGAGGUAAAUACACGUGUGUUGCAUCUAAUAUUUAUGGCAGCGUUAAUAAUACUGUGACGCUGAGGGUUGUCUUUACUUCUGGAGAUAUGGGCAUCUAUUACAUGAUUGUCUGCCUUGUAGCUUUUACCAUUGUUAUGAUAUUGAACAUUACCCGGUUAUGUAUGAUGAGCAGUCACCUGAAGAAAACAGAGAAAGCAAUCAAUGAAUUCUUCAGAACAGAAGGAGCAGAGAAACUCCAGAAAGCCUUUGAGAUUGCUAAGCGUAUCCCGAUUAUCACUUCAGCCAAAACACUUGAGCUUGCCAAAGUUACUCAAUUCAAGACCAUGGAAUUUGCUCGCUAUAUUGAGGAGCUUGCUCGAAGUGUACCUUUGCCACCUCUCAUCAUGAACUGCAGGACUAUAAUGGAAGAAAUUAUGGAGGUUGUCGGUCUGGAGGAGCAAGGACAGAAUUUUGUACGGCAAACAGCCGAAGGCCAGGAAACAACUGAAACAGAGGAGGUGUAUAUGAUCCCUAAUGCUCUGAAGCGCAGUGACUCUCCCACAGCUGACUCCGAUGCAUCGUCACUGCAUGAGACACCUCAACAGAUUGCAAUAAAAGUGUCAGUUCAUCCGUUGUCCAAAAAGGACUGCAUGGAUGGUCAGUCACAAGAAAGUGUGCAACUGGACACCAAGGAAGAAGACACUCCUCAGACACCAGCACUUCCUACAGAGCCCCCUCCUGAGCCUUCUGCUGAACUCUGUUCUGAUGAUACAGCGUUGGCAAAUGACAAAAAUACAUGUGUUAUAUAUGAAAGCCAUGUAUGAUUGUUACUCUUGAAUCUAUGCAUAGCAGGAAAAUCAGGAGCUCUUUUAAAAAUACAUAUUGUACUUGCCGCUAAGCCUUACCUGGAGACUAUCAUAGCGAAAGCAUGUAUGUGGAUUAUUUGGCACUUUCUUCAGUUUGACUUUAGUUUACCAUGACUUAUGGCAGAGUAAUUGCUAUUACAUAAAUAUUAAUUGCUCUUUUGGAUUAGGAGUUUUUCCAAGAAACACUUACCUCAGCAUUUUCUAGGUUGUUGUCACCUGUAGUGGCUUCCUGGAAGUCAUUGGUAGAGUUGAAGUAGGACACUUGACCUUACUAAACAUAAAACUGGUUUCCAUUUUCCUCCUUCACUCUCAUUUUUUCCAUCUGUUGCAUUUUUGCAAAUAUUGUCUCGUGAAUUUGAAGAACUGCCCAAGAGGCAGCACUCCGCUAGCCAAAUAAAAUCCUAAUAGAUCCCAUUUACAAAGCCUCUUUGCUGAGCUGCAUUGUGAUUUAGAGAGCUAUUAAAGAAAGUUAAAAUGUUUCCAUUUCAUUUGAGACCAUGCUGCUUAGGCACAAGGGAAAUAAUUUACCCUUUUCCAUGGAAGGAAAUGCCAACAAAGUGUUAUUUCACAUCAAGAAACAACUUGGGUGCAUAUUUUACAGAUAGGAAAAGUCCUUCAAAUCUGACAGAAAGCUGCAGUUACAAAAUUCUGCAGAUUUUGUGCAUAUAUUUGACUGUCUUUGACUUUUCCAGAAGUUUAUAUGGAAAGCAGUUGUAAAUGUGUGAGAUAUGGUGUUUGGUAGUUAUUUGGUGGGAGUAAGUAUGUAUUACCUUAGCAGAAGAUGCACAGAUUCAUUAAGAGUUCUGCAAACUCCAGUAAUCAGCUGAUUACUGAAGUGGCAGAAGACCCUUUUAUUGGACUUCUCAUUUUUGUGCAGAUUAACAUUCUGAGGAUCAAGCUUAAAUUCACCUAUAAUCAUAAGCUUGAGAGUGCUUUAUUCAAGCGAAAAUUAAUCAAGGGUCCCGUUUACUGUGUUAAAAUUGCUUGGGAAUUUCAAGAACCUGCUACCUGUGUAAGAUGUUCACUGCUCGAGUACGUGUGACUCUAUCCCAGUAAAGCUUUAAUGGUCUUGGUGAUUGUGGCAUUGAAAAAAAAUCAAUGCUUAUCCCAGGGAAAUGCCUGAAGUGGAAGUGAUAAGUUCUAUUGUAGACAGACAAUAAAAAGAACCUUCUCCUGAGUGAGUCUGGAAAUAAAGCACUUAUCAGGAGGAGUUUGUGCAAGAUUAAUAGCAUAUUACUUCAUUAUCUGACACACACUUAAUUUGGAACUGGUGAACAACCUGUCACCUGGUAGUUUCCAACAAGGACUAUGGUUUACAUACAGAUACUCAAAGUAAAUCUGGAAUCUGGUGCAUUAGAGGGAAAAAAGUCAGUCAGGUCUGUGGAGAGUGAUGGAUAGCCAGCUCCCCAGACGUUUUCUUGAAGUAGUCACACAUCUACACAAGGUGUCCUUUGGAGGUGAUCAGCUAUAUUAACUGCACAGGUAAUUGAGACAAAGUAAAAUCAACGUAGUUGCAACUGUCUCUAAAAUCCCUUGCUAAUGAACAGGGAUUCUGUGUGGACUUCUUUGUGUUAAAGUUCAGAGCUUCACUAGUACUGUAAUAAUACGAACAAUCCAUGAUUUAUGCAGGUGAUGCAGAGAAGGUUUCAUAUUUACCUUUGUGUAGUUACUUAAAAAAGUACAUGUUUGAUAAGAGACUCCAGAUUUUGUGAUGAGGCUAUGAACUUGUGAAAAUUACAGCAUCUAGUUGCCUAAUAUUUGAUUGUGCUCACCACUGUGGCAGACAUCUGAACAAAAUAUAUUUGCACUUACCCAAAAGGAAACAUGCAAAGGAAAGGCUCUUUAAGAAUGUGACUGAAAGUCUUUGAGGUAGAGUGAAGCAAUAUAAAUUUAGAGCACAGGGUAGAUUACGAGAACACCGUGAAGAACCUCACCCCUGACCAGCGUAAUUGAAAAUACUACUGAUACAAGCUGUGAACUUCCUUGUUUGCACAUUUCUGUUUAUUGUUCACAUCAUUUUUUCUUCAAGUCACUGAAUUCGCUUUUGGUAUGCAAAAGGAUGAGGGCAGAAACAGCAGGAACUUGCACUAAAUGCUUUCAGUUCACCUUAAUCUACUGUAAAGAGGCAUCUUGAUUUUCCUGCCUGUCCAGCAUUUACAAACAUGGGUCAUGCAUUUUAAAGUUACCUGCCUAAUGCCCAGCAGUCAGUUUGCUUAGAUGAGCAAGUGGGUUCUCCUUCAAAGCAGAAAAAUAACUUUAAAACUACAC